AUGGUGCGACGAUAUCAUAAGAACCGUAUUAUUAGCGAUACCGAAGACAGUAGUAACGACGAUGUGCAAUGCAAUGACGAUGACGCUCGGUUAUCAGGAAAAUUAAAUAGUGGCGGAGAAAGACAGUGGAAGAUACCAACAGCUACGAGAAAUUUUGAACCACGCGUUAUAUAUUACAUAGAUCUUAAUAAUGGAGUGCAGGAGGCAUCUGGUUUGUCAAGAAAUAGUUGCCCCACUUCUGUCUUCGAAUACUUUUUCAAUCAGGAGCUCGUUGAAAUGAUCGUGAACAAAAGUAGCAAAUACAGAAAGAAACAAGGUUUUACCAAGGUUCCUUAUAAUAUUACCGUUGCUGAUAUGUAUUGUGCCAUCGCUAUUAUUAUUUACAUGAGUAUAGUCCAUUUACCUACGAUCUCUAUGUAUUGGAAUACCAAACCCAUGUACAACUUUCAAUUCACAAGGAAAAUUAUGUCACGAGACAAAUUCCUACGAAUCCUGCGAUUCUUACAUUUCAGCGAUGAGGAUAAUGACAAAAUAAAUAGAAAAAAUAUUGAUGCAACGUGUAAGAUACAACCUGUUAUCGACAUGUUACUGUCGCGUUUUCAAAGCGCGUAUCGACCAGGAAGAAAUAUCGUCGUAAAUGAAAGCUUGAUGCUAUGGAAAAAUAGGCUGCCAUUUGACGAGUGUGCUCCUAACGAACGAGCAACAUUUGGGCUAAAAACCUUUAUUUUGGCUGAAUGUGAAACUGGUUAUGUAUACAAUUUGAAACUUUACAGUAGGCAAUUGCUACGUAAACUGAAUUCCGAACCACUUGGCGCCUCUGGUUCCAUUGUGUUACAUUUAACCGAACAUUUGCUUCAACAAGGAAGAACUCUGUUCCUCAAUAAUUACCAUUCGUCUCCCGCCUUGUACGAAAUAAUACAUAAAAAUGGAACUAACGUUUGCGGUAUUGUACGUCUAAAACGAAAGGAAAUGCCAUAUUACGGGGUAAUUGCAAAAGAUAUAAAUAGAUUGGAGAAAGGACAAAUGCUAGUCAGAUAUAACGGAGUAGUGGCUUUUUGUUUGUGGAAAGACAAGAAGCUAGUACCAACUCUUACCACUGUACAUACUCCCUGCAUGGUGUUGUCUACUAAUAUUGAUCAGAUUACAGGACAAUACCGAAAAAAACCCAAUGUCGUUCUAGAUUGUAAUAUAUACAUGAGUGGAGCAAAUCAAAUCCAUCAAAUUUUACAGAAACAUUUGUCCAUAAAUAAAUCUAUAAAAUG